CUAACUGGAGCGCGUGACUCUUUUUUUUCAAAUGGUGACUGGUUGGCGCGAUAAUUCUGUCGGAGUGUUUUUGUCUUCAUGGUAGAGUUUAAGGAAGUUUGAUAGAGAGCUAGCUGUGUUUGUGAGAGUUGAAAAUGUCUAAAGUCCACACACUGAGAGGUUUAGUGAAGCAGAGACUGACUGCGGCUGCUGAAGAGAUAUUUGAGCUGUUUGAAAGAACGAUAGCAGAGUACGAGGAGCAACUUAGUCGAUCAGCAGAGGAGAACCAGCGACAACAGAAACUACUGGACGCUGUUUACAACCCGGAAGUCCUCUUACACAGAGCAGUGUUUCCUGCAGAUGUCCAGCAUCUGUUGGAGAGUAAAGAAGAGCUUCCCUUUGAGCAGCAGGAGAGGAUCCCCAGUCCAGACCAGGAGGACCCACUAGAUCCACCACACAAUAAAGAGGAACAGGAGGAACUGUGGAGCAGUCAGGAGGGAGACCAGCUUCAAGGACUGGAGGAGGCUGAGACCACCAAGGUCACAUUGACUCGAGUCCUUUUGAAGAGUGAAGAUCAUGAUGGAGAGGAACCUCAGUCCUCACAGCUGUCUCAAGUACAAACUGAACAGAUGGAGACAGGAGCUGAUGGAGAGGACUGUGGAGGAACAGGCAGGAGCGGGGAUCCAGAUGAGGUCACAACAGAAGACUCUUCUGAAGCUGAGACUGAAGACAGUGUUGAUUGGGGAGAGACGACAGAACAUCAGUCAGGGUUAGACUCUGUGAAGCAGAGAAAUAAAGAAAGACCAGAGCGAGAGAAACCACACAGCUGCUCUGAGUGUGGGAAAACAUAUAAGAAGAAAGGACUGCUAGCUGAUCACAUGAGGACUCACACAGGAGAGAAACCCUUCUGCUGCUCUCAGUGUGGUAAAAAGUUCACUCAGAGGCCAUAUCUGAAGCGUCAUGAGAGGGUUCACACAGAAGAGAAACCCUACAGCUGCUCCGAGUGUGGGAAGACAUUUAUCAGGAAAUCGCAGCUUGUUGAACACAUGCACAUUCACCAGGGGAUUUAUCUCUUCAGCUGCUCCAAGUGUGCUCUAAGAUUCACUCACAAGGCAUAUCUGAGGCAGCACGAGAGAAUCCACACAGGAGAGAAACCAUUCGGCUGCUCCGAGUGGAGGGGAUUUCUCUACAAACAAGAUCUGGACAGACACGCAUCAAGUCAAGGCGAGAAACCCUUCAGCUGCUCAGAGUGUGGUAAAACAUUUCGCUACAGCAGGCUUCUGAGCAUCCACAUGCUUCUUCACAGGGAAGAGAAACCCUUCAGCUGUUCAGUGUGUAAGAAAAGAUAUAACUACCACAAAGGUCUGCGCAGACACAUGAAAGUUCACUCCGGAGAGAAACCGUCGAGCUUAUCUGAGUGUGGAUAAAGAUUUACUCUUCAAGGGAAUCUGAUCCUAUAUCACUCUUCUCUUUCAGACACAGAACAUGACCCAAGUACAGAGCCUCAAAGGUCGUUGGUAUUUGAGUCUCAAACACCUUGCCUAGUGAACAUUUUCUAUUUUCAAGGUUUUAUUUCAAGGUUUCAAACAUUCUGGCAGACAUCUCACGACCCCCCAUUUGUGUCUUGUGCCCCCCCCCCCCCCGGGGGGUCCCG